CGAGAUUUUGGCAACAUAACGACCGCAGAACAAUCUUCAUAUUCAAGAUGGGACUUUUCGUCCUCACAGAGACUGCCGCGGGCUUUGCCCUUUUCAAAGCCAAAGACAAGAAGAUUCUGCAGAAAGAUGACCUCUCUUCUUCAGAUGCGGAGGCCAUUAACGAGCUCUUGAAAUUGAAGACCUUUGAGAAAUUCGAUAGUGCAGCAAGUGCGCUGGAAGAAGUUGCAUGUAUCACUGAGGGCAAAGUCUCUGGACUUUUAGGAAAGCUGCUCGAUACCCUCAAAGAUGAAAAGAAAGCAUCUCUGGCUGUGGCCGACCCCAAAUUGGCCUCUGCUAUCAAUAAGCUGCCAGGCUUGACUCUUACGCCCAUCUCCGACUCGACGACGAACGAGAUCUACCGUGCGAUUCGCGACCAACUUCCUUCUUUAAUCCCAGGCCUCAAGCAAGAGAACAUCUCUACAAUGGCAUUGGGUCUCUCACAUUCGCUGUCACGUCACAAACUCAAGUUCUCCCCAGACAAGGUCGACACCAUGAUUAUUCAAGCUAUCGCACUUCUCGACGACUUGGACAAGGAAUUGAAUACCUAUGCUAUGAGAGUUAAGGAGUGGUACGGAUGGCAUUUCCCUGAGAUGGGCAAGAUCGUCAAUGAUAACCUUGCUUAUGCUCGAGUUAUUCUGACAGUUGGUAUGCGCACAAACUGCUCGAAUACCGAUUUGUCCGAGGUUCUACCAGAGGAGAUUGAGACUGCUGUUAAGGCCGCUGCGGAAGUCAGUAUGGGAACUGAAAUCACUCAAGAAGAUUUGGACAAUAUCCAACUUCUCGCUGAACAAGUUGUUGGGUUCACGGAAUACCGCCAGCAACUCUCCCUAUACCUCACCGCUCGUAUGGCAGCCAUCGCACCCAACUUGACCGAAAUGGUUGGCGAAUUAGUCGGAGCUAGGUUGAUUGCACACUCUGGAUCUCUCAUGAACCUUGCAAAGAGCCCUGCCAGUACCAUUCAAAUUCUCGGUGCUGAGAAAGCGUUGUUCAGGGCUUUGAAGACCAAGCACGACACACCAAAGUAUGGUCUCAUCUACCACGCUUCUUUGGUUGGUCAAGCUACAGGAAAGAACAAGGGCAAGAUUGCUCGUAUGUUGGCGGCUAAGGCUGCUAUUGGAAUCCGUGUGGAUGCUCUGUCGGACUGGAGCGCUUCAGGUGAAGGCAAGGGUGACGAUAUUGACGAUGAGGAGAGGUCGAUUCUAGGUGUCACAUCACGUGCAAAGAUUGAGCGACAUCUUCGAGCUCUUGAAGGCAAACCAUUACUGCCCAGAGGCGUUGCCGUUGGACCAAAUGGGAAGGCUGCCACACCGGGCAAAUGGGAAGUGAAAGAGGCACGAAAGUAUAACGCUGAUGCCGACGGACUUACUGGUGACGAGCCUGCUGCCAUCGAGCCUGUUUCCGAGAAGAAGUCGAAGAAGGAGAAAAAGGAGAAGAAAGAGAAGAAGAGCAAGGUUGAGGAAGUCAAGAAGCCCCUGAUCCAAGAAGUUGACGAGGAUGAAGAUUCCGAUGAAGAGAUGGCUGAUGUUGAUGCUGGGCUUGGUCUCGCACCGCCAAACCUGAACGGCACCAAGGCGAAGCCAGUAGCGAACGUAAAGAAGGUUGAUGAAGAGGAAGGCUCAGACUCAGAAUCUGAUAAGCAGUGGCAAUCGUCGAUAACUGGCAACACCAAGGAAGCCAAAAAGGCACGAAAGAAGGAGCGACACGAGCGCAACCUCGCAAAGGCCGCAAAGAAGGCCGAGAAAGCUGCCAAAGCCGCAGCGAAGGCAGUAGUAUCUGAACCAGAACAGAACGGCGAAGAUCCAGAUAUCAAGGCUGCCGAAGCCAUGGGUCUCAGCCUGAAGAAGUACAAGAAGAAGCUAGCGAAGGGUUCCAUCAAAGUCAGCGAGGACAACACACCCGUGAAAGUCAAGACACCCAAGCCAUCGGAAGCGGGAAGCACACCAGACACCAGCAGCAAGAAGCGAAAAGCAGAUGAUGCAGAAGAAGGCGAAAAGUCAGAAAAGAAGAAAAAGAAGAAGAACAAGAACUGAAUGUUCGCAAUGAACGAACUUUCUUUUCUGUAUCAUAAAUGCUGCUGCUGCUGCUACACAGGAGUCUGGCGUGGUUUGGAUCGUUCUUAGGCGCUGGGCUGGAUAGCUCAUCUUUGUCUGCUUGUUUUUUACUUGGGUUCAUUGCGGUGGUGGCAUGGUGCUCUACGAGUUACAUAAAAAGAAUGGAAAUACCACGUGCAUACUUAUUGGAACA